AUGAGAGGCGCUUUCAUCUUCAAGGGCAACGCACACCACAGCUGGUGCAUCUCCAGGGGGACACCUAACGCGCUGGGUUGGAGCACACCUCCAGUGAGGAGGCGCUUUUUCGCAAAAGUGAGAGGUGGGAGUGGGUCGCAGGGGGGCGGCCACGAUGGGGCACACCCAGGGGGAGCUCCAAACGAAAGUGCCUCCGUUGCACCACACCCCGGAGGAGCUCCCCACGAAAGUGCCUCCGUCGCACCACACCCCGGGGGAGCUUCUAACGAAGGUACCUCCUCUGAACUACUCCCCGGGGAAGCUUCAAACGAACGAACCGGACGCACAAAAAUAAAAGACAUCCUCCGUGCCCAGGGAACCCACAGCGAAGGGGAAACGUGCACCAUCUGCGGGUGGGUCAAGUCGGUGAGGACAGUCGGCAAGAAUCGCUUCUCCUUCAUAGACGUUAACGAUGGGUCCCACGUGAAAAAUCUGCAAGUGGUAGUCGACGCGGGGAUCCCCAACUACGGGGAAGUGUCUCGGGUGCUGACGGACGACGCGGUGGAGUGCUCCGGGGAGCUGAAGUGCUCCUUGGGGAAGAAGCAGCGGGUGGAGCUCUGCGUGCGGGACGCGGCGCGGGCGCACUACGUGAGGCUCCUCGGUAGGGGUGAAGGGGCCAGAAGCGGGGGGGGAAGCGGGGGGGGAAGCGAGGGGGGAAGCGCGGACGGCGAAGGGGAGAAACGCGACGAUGGUGAAGGUGACCGACGCGACGAUGGUGAAGGUGACCGACGCGACGAUGGCGAAGGUGACCGACGCGGCAAGCACUACGCGAUCGCCAAAAAGUACCACUCAAAGGAGCACCUGAGGAGCUUCCCCCACCUGCGCGCGAGGACCAAACUGUACAGCUGCGUCUUCAGGCUGAAAUCGGACGUCGUGGCGGAGACGUUUAAGUUUUGGAGGGAGAGGAACUGCACGUACAUCAACACGCCCGUGCUGACGAGCAACGACUGUGAGGGGGCGGGGGAGUUAUUCCACGCGACCACGCUGAUGUCGCGGCGGGGGAGCGGUGGGGGCGGCGAGGCAAAUGGUAGCGAUGGGAGCGGCGGAGCAAGUGGCAUCGAUCAACGCGAUGAACGCCCCGGCGAGCCCGUUAAGGGGGACCCCCCCUUCUGCAGAGACUUCUUUAAAAAGCCGUGCUACCUAAACGUGUCGAGCCAGCUGGCCCUGGAGUGCCUCUGCUGCUCCAUGGGGGACGUAUUCACGCUGAACCAGUCCUUCCGAGCGGAACAAUCCAACACAGUGAGACACCUCAGCGAGUUCCUAAUGAUGGAGGUUGAGCUGGCCUUCUCCAACCUUACCUCUAUCAUUUCUUUGGCAGAAGAAUACAUCAAGACGAUGGUGAAAUUCGCUCUGCAUCAGUCGGAGGACGUAGACUACAUCCACGAGCACCACGACCGCACGCUGAAGGAGAAGCUGCAGGCUGUUUUGCAAAAACCCUUCGCCGUCGUCACGUACGAUGAGGCUAUGCAAAUUGUGAAGCGGCACGUGGGGCGUGUGGGGGUGGCGGUAGAUCCGCAUGUAGCAGCACGCACAGAUGUGUCUCAACGUGGGGGCGCUCCGCCACCCAGAGCCGACCUCACCUUCGAGGAGCAGCGCUUUCUAACCGAGGUGCACUUCCGCUCGCCAGUCGUUGUUGUGAAUUACCCACAGGAGAUUAAACCCUUUUACAUGGCUCUUAACGCGGAUGGAAAAACAGUUGCUUGCAUGGACGUGCUCCUUCCGCACGUCGGAGAGGUGGUUGGGGGGUCAGAACGAGAGAUAAGAAUACACACACUGGAGCGGCGGAUGAAGGAGAAGCGUCUGGAUCUGCGGCUGUAUGAGCCCUACCUGCAGCUCCGUCGCCAGGGUAAUGUGCCUCACGCGGGGUUUGGGCUUGGCGUGGACCGGCUCAUUAUGUUCCUCACCUCCAUGAGCAACAUCCGGGACGUCGUGCCCUUUCCGCGCGCCCCCGGCUCGCUCUUCAUGUAG